AUGCGACCCCCGGGUCUCACCAAGCGCGUUUUCGAACACGCCGCACUUCCUCCUCAGCUGCCUGGUAGUCAUGAUGAAACCAUCGCCGAGGUGGAGGCCAGCCUCAUAGUCCGCAUGCUCAACGCAACGGACACCAUGAGAGAUUUUGAACCUGACUCAAAUCUGUGGGACAAUCUGAAACGAUCUUUAAAUGCUUGCAAACAUAUCCAUGUAAAUGGCUCUAUCGACAAGGCACAGCUCAUACAGAGUCUCCAAGAGAUCAGCCCAGAAAACAUGGUCAUAUUGCAUAUCAGGGAGCAGAAUGCUGGCUUACUGAUAAGGCAGGAACUGAGUAAUGACGAACAAUCUGUUGUCUUCGAGGCCUUUGAAGCCUCUCCCAGGUCGGAAAAUGUGUUAGCCUCUCAGAAUGCGUUGUUGUGUGAUUUUCCAGACGCCGCAGCCGCUAUGCCCCUAUCUCGCUUCCAGAAGGAUAGCUUCAUUGAGAGUCUCGCCUCGUUCCUAGUGCAGGCUAGCGGAGAGUUUAUCGAACACUUUGCCCCUCGAGCUAAAAAGGCAGGAGCUUCAGUCGUGGAAACUCGGAACACGGUGGAUCCAGCCCUCAUACGUGAAAUGCUGAUUACCUUGGUUGAAGGUGUGGGCGAGCCGUUGUCUCCUCCUAUACUGCAAAAGCGUGUCAGGGAUGAGGUGAACUGGAAAAGGUCCGAGAAGCCUUGGAGAAGAAGCCCUUUUUGGCUCGUUCUUCGAGUCUGUAUUCAGCGACACCUGACUCUAGGUUGUUCGCCAUCGGAGGGUCGCAUAAGGUACAAGUUGCUCCAGUGCCUGUUCCACGCUCAGUUGCUCCAUGACGCAGUGGACGACCUCAGCAUUGAAAGCUGCCAUUUUAUGCGUGCUAAGAUCUGUCGACGGCUCGCCAAGCUUGAAUCAGAGUUUGAAGGUGUACCUUCCUUCCUUUCUACCAACUACCGCAACCUAUUCGACAUGGUUGGAUGUUUCUGUGAGGAAGAGAUCCGGAAGGCAUCAAGUCACAUGGAACGCACAUGGGAUACAUUCAAGAAAUCCACAAUACGACAGAUACCCGAACUACCGUGUCACGCCAGUGAAGGGGACUUGCGCUUGACUUUACCUAACAGCCUCCCAUACCUGCAGAGUGUGCUCAGUAGCCACGCCAAACACAUUGCAGGCCAAGGUAAUCCGAAGUCUCGGAAGAACCCGUUCUAUGACACUAUGGCAACAGCGGCGAUAUCACAUGCACAGGUAUUCGCACAAAAACAUUUCGAUUUGGCAGAAUGCGAGAUGGGGCUUGAGACGCUGGCAAAUUCCACCCCCGUUUCAUGCGCAGAAAACUGUAUACGUCUAGGCAGAUCAAUUCUUGCGUAUAUUGACAAGGAUCCGCUCUGUGCCUAUUUCCAUACCAUCGAACAAAGAAGCCUGAUGGUACUCUCGGUUUUCGAGGCCUGGGUUGGCAUGGAUAUGUCUGCCUUGGCCAGAUUUCCCUUACUGAAAGACUAUCAUUCCGGAUUCCGUCCGGAAAUUCUCGACGUCCUCCAUAUUUCUCGGCUUCGAGAUAUGGAAAGGCUACAAAAGGUGCAGAGAUAUCUGGACACGCGCCAGAAUCAGUGUCGCUUGAUUGCGAAGACAAUAUUUUCUGAUCCGUGUAAAGAGUGCUUUGCAGUCCACUUCUUCGAUACCGAGGACGGCAUACCACUGCAGAAGCUGAAAUGUGACAUCGAACGGGCUUCAGAUAUUGCAAAGAAAGCCAAAGAAAGGGAACUGAGGAAAUUGAAUGCAAGACAUGGAGAGGUGGACAAAGAGAUGGCUGCUCUCACGUGCUGUUCCAGACCUAGACGUUUGUGCAAGACAUGCGAUUGCAGAUAUUGCGUGUUGAAGCGGGAACGGAAGAAGCUGCGGAUUACGAUCCAUGAGGACUAUCUCCCUCGAAGUGAUUCUGAGUACCAUGAUGCGCAACAAAAAGCAAUUCUCCUCGAGCUUGCCAUGCCAGAGAGUUUGGCUGUGUAUCGUGAUGUUACGUGGAAGAUUGCCAGCUUGCUUGGAACCGAUCCCAGGAACUCGUCAUCGCGGGACUCACCCAAAGCAAAGCUGAAAGAUUACCAGCAAUUGUGGAGUUAUAGAAAGUCUGGGAUAAGCAUGGCGCUUAGCCUAGCAUCAACAACAAAGUCCUUCCGAGUAGCGCAUUAUAAGAAGGUCAAGAUUCCGACCUCUGAGUCGCAAGUCCUCCUGCCACUCGGACUCAACUUCACAUACUAUGACUGCGGCCAAGAAAGAUGGUGUAGGGAGCUUCCGGGAAGAUAUCGAUGGCGCACCUAUUUGGACUGGACAUCUCCGGCAGAGUUCGGAGCAGAUGCUAAUGGUCCAACCUCGUAUGAGAUCUUAUCCAGCCAGACACGAUGCCCACCACGGUUGACAGUGCAUGAAUUUAUGGCCUAUCAAAAUUUACUGGCUGGUCAUCAUAGACGUUGGCCUUCAAUUUUGCGUGAGCUCGGCUCAUCAAACCUGAAUUUCAACUUGGAAGAAACCAUGCAUAUCAUGAACUAUCUCAGCCUUCACAGCGGCCCAAGAGACACUGAGCUUGAUGAGCGUAUAAAUCAUGUUCUACUUCGAGAUCCCCAUCUCGGUAAUCGAUUGCUAUUACACGUUGAAGAACAUCUAGACAGCAUCUCGCGCAACUGGCGUGAGACAUACCACAUGGAACUCCUGGUGACAAUCAUUCUACGUGUACUCUCGGUGAAAGAGCAGCUCUCAAAGCACACAGCUCGACGGCUUCUGAAAAAGGCUCGAUCCAUAACACUACAUUGGCUUCGAAUGAUACGUCAUGAGAUCCACACGUCAACUCCGGAUGCAUGUGAUGAAAAGCUAACGCUAUAUGCUCUUGUGGGGUCUUUGGCUUGCAAACGAAUGUGCUUUCCUGAUGACCUCGAGGACACAAUUGACCAUGGAGAGUCCUUCACUGCCUAUAUAGAGGCGUCAAUUAUGCUUCAGGACAACCUCCCGUCAGAUAAGUCGAGCCUACCAAGUGUUCUGCAGGGAAUGCUAGUCCGUGACCUGAACAGAAGCUUUGGCCUCAGAAAGGUCCUGCGCAGCGCAAUCGUGACAUCCCCGAGUGGUUUGGAAGCUGCAAUUAAUAAUGUUUGGCCCCAGGAUGCGGGUUGCCCGCGCGAGUAUGGAGCUUGGACGUCACUAACUCACAUACACGAUCAAUGGAUCGUGUCUAGAGUGGCGCCAACCAAACACACGGAUGCACAGGUUGUUCACUAUAAUAUCCUCCAGGGAUACCUGCUCAUUAACAACAAACCUCUCGGUAAGUUACCGAAUGAGCUCCAGGAUGCGCCAAUUGUCCGACAACUUUUUGGAAACCAGAGCUUUUUUGCCUAUCCGUCAGCAUUGCCCGCAAUGACAUACAGACUUCGUUCCCUGUACAACGGGCACGAGAUACACCUCGGGAUGCGAAUGAACAAAAUCAUUAUCCGUGCUCGAACUCGGGAUGCAGUCCUUGAAUUUGUUGAUAAAAAUGUCUUUGUCAAAGACGGAGCAUUCGAUGUUCCUGCACCACUGGUUGAAGACUGUGUUCAUUGGCUUAAUCUGACCACUCAGCAAUUGGAAUUUCGGGGAAAGCCCCAAAUUUGGAUUCCUAACAGACCAGGAAACUGGAUCUUGGACGUGGCGCAGAGACGUGCAACUCGCCGUACCGUGGCUCUGGUAGACCCCUUUGGUCCGCUCUCUGUGAAGGUUAUGAAAAUUUUUAGGGAUUUCGAAGAGGCAAAGCAUAUCACUGUCUUCCAGCCAAGCAGUCACAGAAUAACUGUGGAGUUGAAGAGGAUGAACCUGAGCUUCACUGUGAAUCAAAAGGGCCGCCUUUUCUCCAAAGAGUUACGUUGUGAGGUCUCCCUAGAUCAAGACGCGGGGACUUGGUAUGGGUUAGAGAGCAUGCUUAUCCUACAAGAUGUGCAUAACCCAUCACUGCGAAGUAUCGUGGUUCCUCUUGGGCUGGUCAAAUCCCAGCGCAACGGGCCUCACGUGUCUAUCCAAGUUGUAGGGCCAGAUGGGACUUAUGGGCGAUUCUUGAUUGAUGAUGUUGUCGGCCGCGUUCAGUGCGCGCCAGAGCCACUUCUGAUGUUUACCAAAGCUUUACUGCACGCUUAUACCUCUUUUGUAUUGCCUGACCCUCUCACUAGGAGAACAGGAACCGAGGAAGCAUUAGCACUGCUGUCCUCCGGGACACUUCUACCUUGGGCCGCUCUAAGAGGACCACAACUUGAACUACUCUUGGCUAUUGCACAUCUCUCACCAGGGCGUGUGUACUAUCCCGAUCAUCUGAAGUGCCAGCAGAUGGUACACUGGAACCGUGACUUGACGACCACAAUUCAAGAUGACAAUCUUCAAGACGCGGUUGGAAAAGUUUUCAACAGGCUGAAAAGGUUGGGAAUCUUCAAUAGUGAGCCAUAUCAGCCACCCAAGCUUGACGUCAUGGAUGUUCAUUUGCGUGCGAGAGCCUCGAUUCGCCGCCAAUGUUACGCAAGGCAAUUUACCGAGUCAGAACAUCGAAGCAAUCCGCCAGAUGACAAGUACACUUGGAGUCCAGCCCGGGAGGGAAAAGCCACAGAAAAUGUCUUCGAGGUCGUCCACUUACUGGACAAGCAGCCCUCGUUCAUACACACUACUCCAUCAAUCGCGUCGCUCCUUGAAGUCCCCAUUAUUCAGGGGUAUAACAAGCCAUUCAACCAGACAAUGCUCACAGAGCUACUUCGCACGGAUGUCGCGCAGGAAUGGGGUCCAUUGAUUCACUCAUUCUGCAGACCUCGUGCUCCCUAUAUGACUAUUGACCGCAUAACUUUCAUGUGUGGAGUAAUGGCCUUUGGGUCUGUGGAUAUGGAAAUUCUGCGAUCGGUCGUGGCAUUGGCCUUGGACGACCAUUUCCCGUUAUUGCCAGUGCCCGAACACCAAUGCUAUAGUGACUUCCGCCAACACGAAGAGCCACGCAUCGAAGAAGUGGCGACGAUCAUACGCAAUAGUCAGACACCAUCCAUUGCAAGUCAAAUAGGAGGAAGCGCGGAAGAGGUGGACACAGCAAUAAUCGAGGACCUCGCCAAGCACAUCGUGGCUCAGUGGCCAUGUACUGACCCGAGCUUGGAUGGCCUUGGGAGCCUCCCUGAUGCUUUCAGGGCAGUGAAACUAGUUCGAUCGGAGUGGAGUCGCUUGGUGAGAAACGGUGAUCUCUCCCGGCAUCUGGCCUCAGUCCAGACUCUGCUCGAUGGAAGAUGGGCAAAAUCGAACCCCGAGCGGUUAUCAUCGAUUCGAACGGAGAAAAGAUGGAUAGGAAAACCCAGUGGAUUUUACCACGGUCCGUCGCUUUCACAAAACCUUAUGAGAAAGGCGGCGACGGGUUUCUCUUUACAGUGCGACCGGAAAUACCCCAAUCCACUACCUGGCCGCAUGGCCAGCAGUAGCCCGGGAAAUGAGACCAGGACAAUGACAACCCACUUACCUGAUCAUGAAGAACUCAAGACUAUACUCGGACACAUGACAGCUUCUCCAAGUGCAAUCCGCAGGGAAUACGCAGAAGACCUCCUUGGAAGCUUGGAGGCACUGAGAACGCACGAGCAAAACAGGUCGCAUAAUUUUGUGCCGACUGAUGUUCAGCGAAAUGUUGACAUUGAGAGGGCAAGUGUGGAUGAACAUUACCACGCAAUUUGUGACUUCCUAGCUGCAAACGAUACACAAUUCAAGUGGCUGCAUCUCGGUCAGUUGUGGCCGUGUUUGAGCCCGGCUACCUUACUCCCAAAUAUAAGAUCCACAAGUUCCAUCCGCUUUGGACAAGGUAUGAGAGAAGCAAUUGUUGGAUAUGGAAUUCAGAUCACGCAUUUGCAACGUCUACUUCGCAUGGCAGAUGCCCGCAAGAAGGAGGAUGCUCGGCGGUUCAAGCAGGAAGAACAAAACCGAGGACACGGUAACUGGAGUCCAGAGAAGCAUACCGACUGGUUGCUCUUUGAAAUCGACGCGAAUAUCCUCAUCCGAGACGAGCAAAUUAGUGUGGCUCAAGUGACAAUCUCGCCUGCCUCCCAAUCAAAUUCCGUUCUGCAGAUGAGUAUGGGAAAAGGCAAAACCUCUGUAAUCUUGCCUAUUGUCGCAUGUAGUGUUGCAAAUGGAAAGGCGUUAGCAAGGCUCGUUGUCCCUCGAGCACUAUUGUUGCAGACAGCUCAAAUCCUUCAAGCUCGGUUGGGAGGCUUGGUGGGCCGUGAGAUAUACCACUUACCUUUCUCUCGGAAAACACGUUUGGAUGAGACUACGAUACAGACUUACUGGCAUCUUCAUCGUGACUGUCGAGACCAGAGAAGUAUAAUAAUUACGCAGCCAGACCACAUCUUGUCUUUCAAGCUCAGUGGGCAGCAAGCAUUGGCAGAUAACCAGCUCGAGGCCGCACGUGGCAUGAUAUCUGUGCAAUCAUGGCUUGACAGGUAUUCUCGCAAUAUCGUCGACGAAUGUGAUUUUACCCUGGCUGUAAAGACCCAGCUUAUCUAUCCCAGCGGCACCCAGCUAGCAGUGGAUGGUCAUCCAUAUAGAUGGAAGGUACCUCAGGCGAUACUGGGCUCUCUACAAGCUUACCUCCGAGAAUUGCAGGACUCCUUUCCUCAAAGCAUUGAGGCUUUCUCCCGGCCAUCCGGUGGGUUCCCCUUUGUCUAUAUCCUGAGACCCGAUGCUCAAGAUGCUUUGCAUGAACGUCUAGUUGCUGAGGUUUGUGACGGUGGGAUGAAUUUCUUACCCGCUAUUCACGGGGAAUCAAGGGAUGCGGUCAAAGAGUUUCUUCUGCAGGGUGUCGUCAGCAAAGGUACAGCUGACGUCGCGUAUCAGGCUUUUCAGAGCCAGCCUUCGUCAAUCCAUCUUCUUCACAUAGUGCGUGGGCUUCUGGUGCACGGAAUCCUCUUUCUUUGUUUAAGAAAACGUUGGAAUGUGCAAUAUGGUCUACACCCCACACGAGAUCCCAUUGCAGUUCCUUACCAUGGGAAGGGAAUCCCUUCCGAUCAAGCCGAAUGGGGCCAUCCAGACGUUGCGAUAGUGCUCACAUGUCUAGCAUUUUACUACACCGGUCUUACGGUCGACCAGGUCCGGCAAGCGUUGCGCCGUGUGCUUCAAUCUGACGAUCCAUCUAGCGCGUAUGCACGCUGGACACACCGAUCGACGUCGCUUCCCAAGCCACUCCGUCAGUGGAAUCUGAUCAAUGCCGAUGACGACGCCCAGCUACGGCAGAUGUGGAGCCACCUACGUUACGAGCUCGUUGUUAUCAAUGAUUAUCUCAAUGACUUUGUCUUCCCCGUGCACGCGCGACAGUUUCAACAUAAACUACAGGCCUCGGGAUGGGACAUUCCACGGUUGGCGCUGAACCGUUUAGAUCCAACGCUUACUACUGGAUUCAGUGGAACGAAUGAUAACAAGAAGAUGCUUCCUUUGUCCGUCAAGCAACGGGAUCUACCGGAGUUGUCUCAUACGAAUGCUGAGGUUUUGUCUUAUUUACUUCAGGCGCGGAACAGGAGUUACUUUGUGGCGGCUGAUUCAAGAUUGAAAAGACUCUCCGAAAGAGAAUUUCUACAAAGAUUGAAGGCCCUGAGGAUUCGAAUUUUGAUCGAUGCUGGAGCGCAUAUAUUGGAAUUAGACAAUGAGGGUCUAGUUCGUCAAUGGCUCAGUGUUGACUACGAGGCUCCCGCUGCUGUCUAUUUCAAUAUCGAGAACAGGGCUUCUGUGAUAUACCGCAACGGCAAGCAAGUACCACUCCUUGCAUCGCCAUACGCGGAAAACCUAUCGGAUUGCUUAGUUUAUUUCGAUGAGGCUCAUACCAGAGGGACUGACCUGAAACUCCCGGUGUCAGCACGAGGUGCGCUUACUUUAAGCUUGGCCCAGACGAAGGACCAUACAGUCCAAGCCGCUAUGAGACUGCGACAACUUGGGGACUCACAAUCCGUUAUAUUUGUCGGCUCCCCCGAAGUACAUCAAAGUAUCCUCGAUCACACACAAAAAACAGUGCAGGAGAAGGUAGACUCUAGUGAUGUCAUCAGCUGGCUUCUGGAGCAGACAUGUAAAACAAAUGAGGAACUUCAACCAUUAUACCUCGCUCAGGGCUUUGACUUUUGCAGACGUGAGCAGGCCAGCGUGAGCCACCCUUUGCAUCCGACAUCAGGAAAGCAAAAAACGGCCUACUUGAAAGCACUACUACAGACUGAGCGACAAACACUGGACCAGCUUUACGGACCAGUCCAUGAUCAACAAUCUACUUCCAAUGGGUUUGAAGGAACUGGUUUGCUGCAAGAAUUCUGGGAGGAGUUGACGCGGCAGAGACAGGCACAGACAAGACAGGUUUUAAAUACCACUUCUGCCUUCGAGGAGGUUGAACAAGAAAGGGAGUUAGCUGUUCAGGUUGAGGAAAUACGGCAGCGACAGGAACCAAUCGACCUCCCGACGUACACGUUUCCAGGUUUGAAUUCGGACCUUUUAUUCUUCGCCACGACUGGGUUUUUACGGGGUGAUGAUUGGUACAAGCCAUUACUCAACGCGCUUUGGAACACGGAGGUGGGACGGAGCAAUGGCAUCAACAUACGAGACACCAAUGUGUUGCUCUCCAAAGAAUUCACCAAAACUGUCCGCGUCGGACCCAGCCCCGAUUUCUGGCAUCUUGACUUCCUGCGCCCCGUACAUUGGAUCUUGUGGAGUCCACAGGCCGGUAAAGCUGUUGUGAUUAUUCCGGAAGAAGCGGAAGUCUUGAUCCCGAUUCUGCGUAAUGCCAACCCAGGGAUCAGCUACCUGAUUGUCUACGCGGCACCAAUCACCAAGGAGAUGUUGCAUUUUGACUCAUUUCGCUAUUACACAAUCCCGAAACUCGAGACUGAUAUGCCGCCGUCGGUGAGAAUGGACCUUGGAAUUCUGGCCGGUCGAUUGUAUUUCAAGUUCGAAGACUAUAGCGGUAUCCUCGAGUCUGUUCGUCCCCGUCAUAAGGUGCCAAGUGAAGAAAGUCAGAGCUCAGGAACUGGACAGCUUGUGAAAGCGCCAAUCAAAUUCUUAGAGGAAUGGUUUGCCUUGACGCGCAAAGGUCAAGACUUUACCUACACCCCGAUGGGCUACGUCUGCCAAGGUCGGAAAUUGAGCAGUGACCAUCCGUUCUUCAUGCCUAGCAACACUUUGGGACACGCUCAUCAUGAUGGAAUGAGUACUCGUACUCCUCCAGGCUCGGAUAGUGUGAGCUACCAGAAGGCUUUCCGAAUGUUAUGGCAUUUGGUGUGGGCUCUAUUUUGGUUUGCUGUUGUUCUGUUCGUUUUGUGAAAGUCAAUAGGCUGG